UUACCGAAGACUUUCCAAAUUACAUUUUUUUCCUUGUUCUAGGGUUUUUCUCUGUUAGGGUUUCAAAUCCGAAUUUAAGCAAAUUGAGUGGAAAAUUGUUCGAUCUGACUCGGCUUAGUCAAUUUGGGGUUCCGGUUUGGGAUUGUUUUUGUGAAAUUUGUGAAUUUUGAUAGUGUUACAAUGCCACCAAGAACGGUGAAGAGAGGGGCUGCUGCGGCGGGGCCGAGGAAGACGGUGAGAACCACGAGGGGAUCUCAAAAGACUCAAAAUCAACCUGUGCUGGAGGCUCUUGAGGAGUCGGUCCGGGCCGAAGAGGUCCCGGUUGCGUCCGUGGAGAAAAAAGAGGAAGUCAAGAUUGAAAAGCCAGUUAUCACUCAGGAAAAACCAUCACCUGCUGUUGAGAAGAAUCCCGUUGCUGUCGUUCAGAAGGCUUCUGAUAACAAAUCGGAAUUGAAAUUGGACCCCAACGGGUUGAGAAAAGAAGAUAAAAUGAAGGAAUCUGCGGAUGAAUAUGAAAAAGAUGAAAGGUUAGACCUGGAAGAUAAUGAACCUGAAUAUGAAACUGAAGAAUAUGGUGGUGUUGAUUAUGAUGAGAAGGAAACUGAUCAAGAUGAUGUUCAAGAGGUGGUUGAUGAUGAAGGGGAAGAACAUGAGGAUAACUUAGAUGAAGAAGAUGAGGGCGAUAUGGUUGAGGAGGAGUUGGAAGAUAUUCAUGAAGAACUUGAGGGAGAAGAGUAUGAGGAGCAUGUUGAGGAGGAGCAGGAGCAUGUGGAGACAGUUGAUGCUGAAGAAGAUGAGCACCAUGAAGUUGUGAAGGAGAGGCGCAAGCGCAAGGAGUUUGAAGUUUUUGUUGGUGGCCUUGAUAAGGAUGCAACUGAGAGCGAUCUUAGAAAAAUAUUUAGUGAAGUUGGUGAAGUUACUGAAGUCAGGUUGAUGAUGAACCCUCAGACCAAGAAGAACAAGGGGUUUGCAUUCUUGCGUUUUGCUACAGUGGAACAAGCAAAACGAGCUGUUCAAGAUCUCAAAAGUCUAGUGAUAAAUGGAAAACAAUGUGGUGUAACUCCCAGUCAAGACAGUGACACUCUUUUUUUGGGUAACAUUUGCAAGUCAUGGACUAAGGAAGCUCUGAAAGAGAAGUUGAAGCAUUAUGGAGUUGACAAUGUUGAGGAUUUGACAUUAGUAGAGGAUAGCAACAAAGAAGGCAUGAAUCGUGGAUUUGCCUUCCUGGAAUUUUCAUCUCGUUCAGAAGCCAUGGAUGCCUUUAAACGUCUUCAGAAGAGAGAUGUUGUAUUUGGAGUUGAUAGGCCUGCCAAGGUUUCUUUUGCAGAUUCGUUCAUUGACCCGGGUGAUGAAAUUAUGGCACAGGUUAAAACUGUAUUUGUGGAUGGCCUACCUGCAACAUGGGAUGAAGAUUGUGUUCGGGGGCUUCUUAAGAAGUAUGGGGAAAUUGUAAAGAUAGAGCUGGCUAGAAAUAUGCCAUCUGCAAAGAGGAAAGAUUUUGGGUUUGUUACUUUUGACACUCAUGAUGCUGCAGUAACAUGUGCAAAGAGCAUUAACAAUGCAGAAUUAGGUGAAGGAGACAACAAGGCUAAAGUUAGGGCUAGAUUGUCAAGACCACUUCAGAAAGGAAAAGGAAAGCAUGCUAGUCGUGGGGAUUUUCGGUCUUCACGGGCUUCUGGGCGAGUUUUCAGGGGUUCUUGGGGUCAUCCAUCAUCACGUAGUGUCUCCAUGCGCACAACAAGAGGUGUUGCAAGUCGUUUUCCUCCAAGUAUGAAGAGGCCUCUAGGAUAUAAAGAUCGCCGACCUGCGAUGUCUGUGCCAUCAAGACCCAGGCCUUUGCCUCCUCCAGCUAGGUCAUAUGACAGGAGAGCACCUGUACAAUCUUAUCCUAAGAGUAGCUUGAAGAGAGAAUAUAGUCGACGCGAUGAGAUUCCUCCUCCAAGAAGCAGAGCUGUUGCGGAUUAUAGUUCCAGGGCUGUCCAAGAGAGACGGCUGUCAUAUAGAGAUGAAUACUCUUCCCGUGGUCCUGGCUACUCUGAUCUGCCUAGGAGUACAUCGCGAACUUCAACAAGGAGAGCUUAUGUCGAUGAUGGAUAUGGACAAAGGUUUGAUAGGCCUCCACCUCCUCCUAGUUAUCGUGAAGGCGGGCGUGCACGUGAUUAUGAUUCUGUUCCUGGGUCCAAACGUCCAUACUCUGCUGUGGAUGAUGCCCCUCCUCGUUACAGUGAUGCCAGUGUUCGCCAAUCGAGGGCACGCUUGGACUAUGAGUAUGGUGGUAGUGGUUCUCAGUAUGGGGAUGCCUAUAGUGACAGACUUGGACGUUCUAAUCUAGGAUAUAGCAACAGCAGAACAAGUCAAGACUCACAUGGGAUGUAUAGCAGUCGUCAGGGCAUGGGUUAUGGAGGGGGUUCCUAUGGUGGUGGUGAUGGAGUAUACUCAUCAAGCUAUGGCAGUGAAUAUAUCUCUCGUGGAUCUGAUGUUGGUGGCUCAUACUCAUCCAUGUACUCAAGUCGUGGUGUGGGAGGGAGUAGUUAUAUGGGCAGUGGUGGUGGUUCUGGUUCAUACUACUGAGAAGUAAAUAGCUAUUGGAGUUUUUAUUAGUACUUUCUACUGGGGAUCUCAGCUACUGAAGGCGGGCAUAUCUAUUUUGCUUAAGUGGUGUGGUUGGUGAAAAUGGAGCAUUAUGGUCACAAGUGAAUUUGUCUAUGGAACAGAUCUGUGACAUACAAAGAGGCUGCUGUAGGAUGUGGACUUUUGAUGCUAACGUUAUGAAGAAAGAACCCUUUCAAGUUUAAUUGCUUCUCUAUAUAUUCCAACUUCCAAGAAUUCUUCUUUAAUAUAAAGGGGCUGUAUUGGUUCAACCCUGCUUAGAUCUCUACAAAUGUGGAAAUUGUGUCGGAUCAUAAUUGUAAUGCUGUAAGGACGCAUGAACAUUUCAAAGAUGAAACCAAGAAGUGCUAUGUUGAUAUUUAUGAAUUUCAUCUUCUGUUUUAUCUUCUAUAAGAACUCCACUAUUGGACAAUGUGGAGGUUUGCUUCAACAUCUGUUCUUUUGGACAGUAUUAUCAGAGGUUCGAGGAUUUUCUGUAUGAUUAAGAUUCUUUUGGAUAUUUGUUGAACUGGUUCUUCUGGAAAGGUUCUAGCUUUUUUUGGCCACUA